GUGUUCUGUCUUUCAGGUGGUGCGGGGGACCGGGAAAAGAUGCCUGUCAAUCAUGAGGCUUUCCUGCUCAUGGCUAAUUCCCAGAAUGAAAUGGAGGAUUGGGUGAAAGCCAUCCGACGGGUUAUAUGGGCUCCAUUUGGUGGAGGGAUCUUUGGACAGCGAUUGGAGGACACCGUACAGUAUGAGAGGAAGUAUGGCCAACGCUUGGCCCCACUGCUGGUGGAACAGUGUGUGGAUUUUAUUCGGGAGCGAGGUCUUACGGAGGAGGGCCUCUUUCGGAUGCCUGGCCAAGCCAACCUUGUCAAAGAUCUGCAGGAUUCUUUUGACUGUGGAGAGAAGCCCCUUUUUGACAGCAACACAGAUGUUCACACUGUGGCGUCCCUCCUGAAGCUUUACCUUCGAGAGCUGCCAGAGCCUGUCAUACCCUUUGCCAAAUAUGAAGACUUUCUUUCUUGCGGACAGCUACUCUCAAAAGAUGAGGGAGAGGGUACCCAGGAACUGGUUAAACAGGUGAAGAAUUUGCCUCAAGCCAACUACAACCUCCUCAAAUACAUAUGCAAGUUCCUUGAUGAAGUUCAGGCUCACUCCAGCAUUAACAAGAUGAGUGUCCAGAACCUGGCUACAGUAUUUGGACCAAAUAUAUUACGGCCCAAAAUGGAAGAUCCAGUGACCAUGAUGGAAGGCACCUCACUAGUUCAGCACCUGAUGACAGUGCUGAUAAGUGAACAGGGGCGAAUCUUUGCUGUUCCUCAGGCAGAUGUGCCGGGGAACCAGCUGGAAAUCAGACCUGUGCAUCAGCGCAGUACUGUGGAGUGGAUCUCUGAGGAGGACGGGGAGGACAGCAGGUCGGAGAACAGUGUUCCCAGCCCUGCCGAUUUGCCUUCUAGCAAUGCUGUGGCACUAGAGGCCACUCCUGGACCUGCGGUGAAAAGCACUCCUUCAGAGCACAGUGGCAAAUUGACUCAACCUGCCACCAGCCCCAACAAAAGAGUGCAGACACUGCCUCCGUGGAAAUACUCAUUCCGCCAGCAGGGAGCAAGGUCUGUGAGUCCAAAGCUGGGGAGUUCAUCCUUAGAUAUCCCCAACCUGUCCUCCAGUGGGAACUGGUUGAUGAAUGGACUGUACUCCCUCCGAGGCCAUCGCCGGACAGCCUCUGGGGAACGAGUUAAAGACUCAUGUUCUUCCCAGAGACUCUCUACUUACGACAACGUCCCUUCAUCCAGCCUCUCCCUUAGCACACACAGUAUGGCCAGCACCACGUGGUCUACAUCAUCAUGUGAAAUCUCUGUGGUGGACUCCGUCAGCAGCUGCCCAGCCUGCCGGGCCAGUGACUCUUCUGCUUUAAGCUCGCUCAAAACCGAGUGGAUAACUCAGGGCUCACUGUCUCAGAGUGAGGUCAAGACUGCAGAUCUGGAGAAUAGCAUCGACAGGUUUGAAGCAUGUAGCAGCAGCAGCAGUGAACAGAGCAACCCGGCUGCAGCUUCCAGAGACUCUGUCAAAUGCUCUAGGGCCUUACAGAGCUUGGUGGUGGAGCUAAAGACAGAACUGAGCAAACAGAGGACUGAGUAUGAGACUAGUAUCAAAAGAAUUGAAGAAACAAGUGCAGACCUGAGGAAACAAGUGGUUAAGUUAGAAGAAGAACUGGACCAAGAACGAAAGAAAUACACGAUGCUGGAGAUAAAGCUGAGGAAUUCUGAACGUGCUCGUGAAGAUGCUGAGAAGAGAAAUCACCUCCUGCAGAAGGAAAUGGAAGAGUUUUUUUCAACAUUAGGAUGUUUAACUGUUGGGAGUCGAAGUGCUAAAGUCCCUAAGUAGAACAAGCUGAUGUACAGCAUAGAAAAUUCUAUUUCUGGCAAAAACCAGUGAAAAAUGCACAUUUUGUUCUGGUAUACUCAUGCAUCAUGAGUAAUUCUACAGUGAUUGUGCUCUCAGUGACACUUGCUCUGUUGUCGUUACAUGUGCUGUAGUAUUUGGGCCAGCUGGGAAAGACUGCUAAACAUAAUGCUUCAAAGUUUAGAUGUCAGAUUGCCAAGAAAGAGUGGGCAUCCUUCUUAUC